AUGCAGGAGCCGAAGAGAGUAUGGCCCGGCACGCUCACUGCCAAAAGGCGUCACAAUAAGAACACCAUCGCCGGUGCCGUCAAGCAGAUCAUGGGUUCCAACAACGGGUAUGACAAGCGUGACGGAUGUACUUCCGAUUCUUUAUUCAAGAAAUUCGGUGUACCAAGAACCCCUUGGGCUAGACAAAUUGCCGUCUCGGUGGAAGAGAUCAGACUUCACUUGCCCUUCAAUAAGUUCGCAGAAACGAUCGCACUCAGUUAUGGCAUCAACUCGUCGACCUCACCGUCGCCUAUAUAUGCAGGUGCCCACCACUCAUCACCAGGAUCAGUGCAGUCGUCAGCGCAUUCUGAUGUUCUCACAACCUACCAAACGCUUGGUAUUUCCAACAAGAACAUCGUAUUACAGCCAAAGACAGUGGUGGAAGAGCACCGACAAGACCGCCUCGCUGCCCGCAACAUCGCAUUUGUCGGCGGAAAAUUUGAAUUCGAGAAGUUGAUGCGCGUGUUCUUUGUGCUCUCAAAUAAACAGAAAAUACACCUACAGGAAGCCAUCGAAAUCCUUGAAUGGAUAGAAUCUGCCGAGUUUAGUGUUCUUAAAUCCCUCUUCACACUUCCACUGUAUACAGUGGCAGCUGCUUGGGAACAAUUGGCAGACAUUUCUCUUGUCCUGAGACGUCCAGAUGCAUUUUCAAAGCUCCUCCAGGCAGGUCUAGCAAUCCGAAAUGGUGAAUGGCUAAAGGCUAGAGCCAGCAGGGUCCUAGGAAUAGCCAUAUGGCUUGGCUUGAGACAAUGGCAGCGGAACUUACUGGAAAAUGGGUUGUCACCUGCUGGAAUCGUCGCUGAAAGUCAUUGGUUGACGUUCUCUAAUGACGAUACACCUUUCAUCUUCUUUGAUCUUACAUUUCCUAGAACGCCCCUACAAGUCGCCGUACGACGAUCAGAUGCGGAUACACUCAUGACGCUCAUUCGAUAUGGUAUCUGCCCCAAUAAAUAUGACACUCGAUUGAUGGCAACAGUAUUAUUCGAACAAGAUCCUGGUAGUAAUCCUGCUGAACAGAUUCGUUGCCUUGAACUGUUGCUAGAAGCAGGAUCACCUGUGGACUUCGAGUUGAAAAAUAGCCUCCAGACCCAGGGAGAAACCUCCAUCGAACGACUCGGGUGGUAUCCGAAAGGACCCAAUUGGUUCUCAGACAACUUAUGGUAUCACGCAAAGAGAAAAAGACAUUUGCAACAGGCAUUCGAUCUAGUAUCUCAGCACAGCAAACGAGACAGAGACUCUCUAACCGUCCCGGGGUUGCAUGAUGCAGCAUCACGUGGCUGUAGUGAGCUUUUACGAUACCUCAAUAGUCGAGCCAAUCCAUCGGGCACGGAUCGGAACGUUCUCCUCGAGAUUGCGUUAUCUCAAGCGGCAUCUAGAGGAGAGUUAAAACCUUUUGAAAUCUUUCUCCAAAUAGGGGUUGACCCAAAUGCUCGAGAGAUCUAUACUGAAACUUUACGAAGCUCCACCAAGUCUCGUCGAUAUAUCUAUGGUCUAAGCGACCCCACGUUGGAAAAACCAUUUUGGUACUUUGAGAACAAGGAGUACCUGGCAGAAACUUAUGUCCCAGCCUAUCAAGCAUCACUGAAAUUACAUAUGAUUUUGCUCAAGAUUCUCUUCGAGGCUGGAGCCGAUCAAAACCAGGCAAACCUUGUUGAUGCUCUCCUGAGUAACGGAAAAGCCGACUGGAGCGACCUCUUUGCCAGCAAAUAUCCAGAUGGCCUGAUUCAUCAUGGAAUUGUUGAUGAUGCUCAAGAAUUGGCUCCGAAAAGAGUCAACGAGAUAUACGACUUUUUACUUAGAGAAGGCUUUGAUAUCCAGCUUCACGGCAGCAAAGCCAUGGUGAAUGCAAUCAUGCGCUGGGGGGAAAGAGAGCUCAAAGUGGCUUGCUUGCAAUUGGACUGGCUCCAUUCAAAAGGAGUCGGGUGGGACGCCGAUUUUGAGGGGUGUAACUUGAUACACUUGGCAGUGAGGCAACGAUGCGAUCUUAAUUUUGUCCGCUUUCUAGUGGCACGUGGUGUGAAAGUUCAUUCAACCCCGUGUCAUCAAAACUCAACGAUGCUUCAUGACGCCUUGUACGCGGUAUGCUCGCUCGAUGUCAUCGAUUUCCUGUUACAGAACGGCUGCGAUGUCAACGAUCAAUCCUACGGUGGCAGAUUGAUUCUACAGCCGGCCUUAUUCUAUGACAGGCGGGGUGGCACAGCUGCUACUUGUGCUGCAACCUGCAAGAAAUUGAUGGAAGCCGGCGCGACAAUAGUUCCACAUUGUCAAGCAGUCCCUUUUCACACCAAAUCACCAUCAAGACUGCUAUCAGAACUGAUCGAGCUCCCCGAUAUUGGAGAUGAUUCCAUAAUCAACAUGCUGGAAUUAGGUACGACAAUCCCUGUUUGUUACGAUCUCAAAUAUCCCAUGAAAGAAGAAGACUUCUUCGGCCCCUUGGAGACUGCGAUAGCGGCUGGGAGGUUGAAUCUGGCCGAGGAGUUACUGUGCCAUGGGGAGAGAGUGCAUGAUGCUUCCUUACUCAUCUCAACGGUCCAAAGAUCAAUUACUCGAUUGUGCAUAGAGUCACCGGAAAACCACACAGCGAAAGAUUUCAUGACUCGUUUCAUCACAUCGGGGCCGGACAUCAAUUCUCUUGGGGUGAAGGGUCUCAAUUCAUUACACAUUGCAGCCCAAGAAGGUUCUCUCAACAUUGCCGCUAUACUUCUCGAGAAUGGAGCUGACCCUAAUACCCCGAUCAAAAGAGUAGAAUUUUGUGUGUAUGAACCAAUAAUUGAAUGUGUAUUUCGACAUCAUUCGAAGGGCGAAAUCGAUCCUGACGAAGGAAUCGCUUUUGACGCCCAGGGCCGGCCAAAAUUCCCCAUAUAUAUCCACGGGCCCGUCCGGGAACCUCGAGCUCUUGAUGUGGCCGCAUUCCAUGGGAGAUUGGACAUGGUGCAGCUACUGCUCAACGUAGGGGGUAUAAGUGGUCAAGCAGAGGUAACACCAUAUGAUGGAGCUAUUGAUUCUGCCCGGCACAACAAGCACAACGCAAUUGUGUGUUUUUUGGAGAAGGCAGCUGUCCAUUUCUUGAGUACUGGAGAAUUGCCGAGUAUGAGCGACAAUGGCCAGGAUCAUGGGCUGCUCAAUUAUGAUCUGCAAUAG